GUGUUCACUAAAUAAUUAAUUGAUUUGACAUAAAUUGUCAUCACUUUAUAACUUGUGACUAAACUUGUAAUUAAUUAUUUAAUGUAAAACAUCAUUAAUAUUCAUUAUGUUGAUACUUAACAAAUAACAGUAUUGAUAGGAAAUUAGGAUUAGAAAGCAAGUGAUUUCGGGAGCCUUGAAAAUAUCCAAAUCAUAGUCUGUUUCCAACGCUUGCAGUGAUUGUUAUCAAACAUUAAGACGGGAGUCAUAAUUAAGGACAUAUUGUGUCUCUAUAUAUAUGUGAAAAGAUGAGUGAAUCGGAAGCAAAAAACCCAACAUUCAAACUAGUGUUUAUCGGUGACAGCGGUGUCGGCAAAACAAGUCUCGUCGAGCGGACGGUUAGGAAUUGUUUCAAUGAGAGCACCGAUAGUACAAUAGGCGCAGCCUUUCAACGAUUUGCGCUCAAAGCCAAUGAUAACAUUACUGUCACGUAUAAUAUAUGGGACACUGCGGGACAGGAAAGGUAUCGAUCUCUGGGACCCAUUUAUUAUCGGGGAUCAGAUGCCGCUAUUCUUGUCUACGACAUCACAAAUAGUGCCAGUUUUGAAAACAUUGAGUUUUGGAUUUAUAGUUUAAAAAGUGUUUUGGGAUCUCAUAUUGUCAUGGCUUUAGUCGGAAAUAAAUCGGAUUUAGAGCACAGAAGAGUCGUUGACUAUAAAGAGGCCAAACAUUUUGCCAAUAAAAAUGAUCUCAUAUUUAUGGAGACGUCGGCUAAAACUGCGCUAAACAUUGAUCUUAUAUUAAAGAAAUUGUCUCAAGAAUUAAUUAAACGAAAGAAAUGUGGGGAUAAUGUGGACGAACGUGGUAUUCGGCUUAAGCUCAACAAACACAAUAAGCUCAGUAUUAAGAGAAAGUGCUGCUAAUCAUCGGCAAGUUUUUUCUUCUUCAUUGUAUUUUCAACAUUCAAUCGAUG